ACCCGCUGCACCGUGGAGGAGAGGGAGGACUCGAUCAUGGGCUGAUCGUGGAGGAGGAGAUUGUGGAGAUGGUCACAGGAGACGGCGUCGUGCGGCGUACUGCAGCGGCUGCGCGACGGCAGCAGGAGACGGCGCCAUGGACAACAGCGCGCCCUCGCGAUGGUUGUAGGGGGUACGAUGGAUCGAUUUGGUAGUUUAUAAUGGUGGGUCUGUUUUUUUAUAAUUUGGCAAGUCUAAUUGGUAAACUGUUGGAGAUGAUAAAUUAUUUUACUUGCCAAAUCUUUUAGUAACUUGCCAACAUACAAGAUUUGGUAAACGUUUUUUAGCAAACUGUUGGAGAUAGGUCUAGAACACACCCAUGAUCGUUCAUAUGUAUGUGCGCAUGGCAUCUGUAUUUGUAUCUCAAAAAAUAUCUAGCCCUCCCAUUGACAGCAACUAAUAAGUCUAUAUAAACAUUAACUUGUCCUUAGCAACUUUGCAUGUGUGCGUGCGAGGCCUCUUGAGCUCAUAUUAAUAAGCAAGAUAAUAUACUAGCUAGUGUAAGUGUUUAGCGCGAUAAAUGUCGUCCUCCUCGUCGGAGCCGCAGCAGCUACGGGCGAGGUCGUUGGUGCUGGCGGACGUGGAGGAGCAGAGCGAGGACGAGAAGCGUUGGGUGGGGUGGGUGGAGAAGAGCCUGCGGCAUGAGACGGCGGAGGCGCUGGGCGCGGCGGCCAAGGUGUUCACCGUCCCGCGCUCCCUCCGCGAGACCAACCCGGAGGCGUACGCGCCGCACGUCUUCUCGCUGGGCCCCUACCACCACGACGCCCGCCCCGAGCUCAUGGACAUGCAGCGCUUCAAGCUCGCCGGCGCCAAGCGCUUCGAGAUGCUCUUCUCCGGCGGCGGCGGCGGCGGCGGCCACACCACCAUCGAGCAUCUCAAGGACCGCUUCCUCGCCGGCGGCCUCGAGCUCAGGAUACGGGCCGUGUACCACCGGUUCCUGGACCUCAACGACACGACGCUGGCCUGGAUGAUGGCCAUCGACGCCUGCUUCCUGCUCGACUUCAUCGAGAACUACCGCCGCCGCGAGGCCACGGACGUGGUGUCCUCGUCGGCCAACUGGAUCAACGCCGUCGUCCGCGACGCCAUGAUGCUGGAGAACCAGAUCCCGCUCUUCGUCUUCGCCAGGGCGCUCGAGCUCCGCCACAGCACCCGCCACGAGGCCGCCAAGGCCCUGCACGCCGUCGUCUUCCGCUUCAUCAUGGACGUGUCCCCCUUCAAGAACAGCGCUAGCGACGCCGCCAACAAUAAGCGCGGGGCGGCGGCCAUCGGCGACCUGGCCAAGCACGCGCACCUGCUGGAGGUCCUCUACCACUUCCUCGUCCCGGACGCCACUCUCUUGGACGACGUCGAUGAUCAGGUGGUGGUGGAGGAGGAAGAGGAGUCGCCCGCUACGGCGGCGGCCGACGGCGGCGAGGAGGUGUUCUCGGACGACGACGUCGAGGCGCAGCAGGCGACGAAGCCGACGCUGGAGCAGGAGGAGGAAGACUACGACAAGGUGAAGGAGGCCGCGUCGAUGGCGUCCAGGCUCAACGUGGCGCCGGUGCGGUUCAUCAAGAAGAACCUCGCCAAGGUGGUGGGGACGAUCUCGCGCAAGGCGCCGGCGCUGGCGGCGCUGUUGCCGGUGCUCGGCAAGCUGAUGCAGUCCGUGGACGUGGAGGCCCAGCUCAACGGCGGCGGCGCGGAGCAUCCAGCGGAGGAAGGCGGCGGUGCCACUGCCAUGACGGCGCCGCGGGCGGACGAGAUCCGCAUCCCGUCGGUGGAGGCGCUGGCCCGGUGCGGCGUCCGGUUCACGCCGGCGCCGCCCGAGGUCGGCAUCGAGGAGGGGAUCGCCUUCGACCGUGCGACGGCGACGCUGCGUCUCCCCGUCAUCACGCUGGACGCCAACACCGAGGUGGUGCUGCGCAACCUGGUGGCCUACGAGGCCGUCGCCGUGCGCGGCCCGCUGGUGCUGGCGCGCUACACGGAGCUGAUGAACGGCAUCAUCGACACCUCCAAGGACGUGAAGAUCCUGCGGCGGAGCGGCGUGGUGGUGAACCACAUGAAGAGCAACAAGGAGGCGGCGGGGAUGUGGAACGGGAUGGCGAGGGCGACGAGGCUCACCAAGGUGCCCAGGCUGGACGCCGUCAUCUCGGCGGUGAACGCGCACCGGAGCAGGAGCUUGCCGGCGAGGCUGAGGAAGCUGCUCAGGAGGUACGUGUUCAGGUCGUGGAAGAUGCUGACGCUCGUCGCCUCCGUCGGGCUGCUGCUCAUGACGGCGCUGCAGACGUUCUGCUCCGCCUACCCUUGUGAGAACCACUGGUUCAGCGGCAUGGUGCUGCCGGUGCCGGGGACGACGGACGACCCACCGCAGUAGCAGCAAUCCGGCUACUCAAUGCAAGCAAGCAACAAAAAAAAGUUCGGCAUCUUCAAGGCCUGUAUGUGUGUGAUUUGCUGAGUCAUGUGGUCAGACGUGUCUUUGCUGGUGGUUCAGCUAGCCAUUGCCUAACAUGUGUGGUUAUUUGUUCCUCAAAAAAAAAAACAUGUGUGGUUAUUUGUGCUUGUGUAAUCAGCUUGUCCUUUUUUUUUUCAUGCGAGGUUUGUGAUGAGCCUGAUACAGUGGUUUAAUCAGUCCGGACUUGGCCUUCACAUCC